AUGAUCAAUUAUAUCAAAGGCGACCUUUUUGGCCACAGUUCGAGGAAAGCUGCUGUUUUGGCCCACGCGUGCAACCCCCACGGUUCGUGGGGUGGUGGAAUCGCUGCCCAGUUCAGGAAACGCUACCCUGAUGCUUAUAGCGAGUAUGCUCUUCAUUGCAAAGAAAAUGGGCCAAACCUUUUGGGAACAGCCUACGUCAUUCCAGUGGAAGAGGCUCAAAAAAGUUAUAUUGCAUGCUUGUUCACCAGCAAUUUCGAAAACACUCCUAGUGAGAUCGUUGAGUACACGAAGCUGAGCUUAAGGGAUUUGUCUAAGAAGCUUCUGCAAUUGAACGAUGUUGAACGAGAUCUGGAGGGUAAAGUCGUGGUGAACAUGCCCAAAAUCAACAGUGGCAUUUUUAAUGUGCCUUGGGAACACACUGAAAAUGUGCUACUGGAAACUGAAAACUUACUGUUCAACGUUUAUACUGUGUAA